AAGAAGAUGAAGAUGGGCUGUUGACAAGAGAAGCCCUGUGGCUAAGUCGAGCUAGCACCGUAGCGUUAUUCUGGGUUGAUUUUGUUGUUGCUUACCGUGUGAACCGAUAUUUUAGUGGUUGAGCUUUGUUCACGCUAACAUCGAAAAUGAUUCUUACCGUGAAACCCCUGCAAGGAAAAGAGUGCAGUGUUCAGGUGGCUGAAGACGAGAAAGUAUCCAAAGUGAAGGAACUUGUGUCUGAACGUCUUAACAUUCCAGCGAACCAGCAGCGGUUGCUCUAUAAAGGGAAAGCACUUGCAGAUGAACACAGAUUGAGUGAUUAUUCCAUUGGGCCAGAGGCUAAAUUGAAUCUGGUAAUCCGUCCUGUGGGAGAGAGGACUGGAGCGUCUGGGAUGGCUGCCAGCAGCAGCAGUAGCUCACAGGGAAGAGUGUGGCAGACUGUGUCUACUAUCCUUGCUAAACAUUUUAGUCCAGCGGAUGCAGCAAAAGUCCAUGAACAGCUUAUUAAGGACUAUGAACGUUCACUUCGACAACUUAGUCUUGAUGACAUUGAGCGCCUGGCGGGAAGGUUGCUUCACCCUGACGGCGAAGGAAUGGACACCUCCUACAUGGACUAAGAAUUAUUUAUUGUGAUUGUGUUUUGAGCGGUGCUCUGUGCUUGGAAGAGCAUACAAUGUUUAGAAUGUGAGGCACAGAAAAAAUCACUGAGUUUUCUUGCAGAGGGCCCCAGCUAUGUGCCUGAUCAGCUGCUGAGUGAACACAGAUAGCACUGACUGUUGGUUAUCUCAGUAAUAGGGCUUUCUUAUCCAUGACCAAUGUUCUUGGAUAAGGAGAUUUUGCCACUGGUAUAGGUCCCUGUCAUUGAUGUAGCAGCCACUGACUCAAGACCUCAUCAACAUAAGAGUCCAUUUGUGCUGUUGGUUUUUGCAGGAUCUCUGGCUGCUACAACCCCCCAGUUGACACUAACUUCUACUGAAAAGUAUUUGUUAGUAUGAUGACUUGGUGUUUUCUAUUAAUCAUUUGUGAGAAAGUGAUACAUGUUUUAUUCUUAAACUGAUUUUCAUUGUAUGAUUUGUAAAUAUCAUGUUUAUAUAUACAAACAUUAAAACACAGUAAAAAAAAAAAAAG